GAACAGGAGCGGCAUUCUGGACGUAGAUGAAAUGAAGGCUGGAAUGCGAGCCAUCGGCCUGUCUGCAGACUCCGUGUCGGAUGCGGAACUGGAAGAGGUGUUCAAGACGCUGGAUAAAGACGGGUCGGGAAGCCUCAACCUCAACGAAUUCAUGAAUGCACUUACGCCCUCUCUGUCGACAAAGAGAAAGGAGAUUUUGUCUGCAGUCUUCAGGAAAGUGGAAAAGACCGGUGACGGGGCCAUUACUGCGAACGACCUGACCCGGUUUUACAUCGCUAAGCAUCACCCCGCUGUAGUGGCUGGACGCAAGACGGAGGAAGACAUCAAAACUGAGUUUCUCAACAACUUCGAGGUCGAUAAAGUCACUAGAGACGGGAAGGUGACAUUGGAGGAAUUUGAAAGAUACUACGCGGAAAUAAGCCAAGGUUGCGACAGUGACGAGAAAUUUGCAACACUUGUCAAGAACACGUGGGACUUGUAUUGAGUUCUUAGGAAAAGACCGAAGACCGCUGGCCAGACCUGGAGAUACGCUGCAUUUUUUUAGCGCCUUUACGCUUUUGAAACGCCACUACCAGUUUUCUUCAGAGACGCCGCA